AUGAACUUUGGUGUUAGUGAUAACAGUAAUGUUGACCAAUUUAUGCAAUUUGUUGAAAAGCUAAGCCACCCGCUGGAAGAAAUUAGGUGCCGCACAUUGGCUAAUAUCCACUCCAAGUUAGACAGGGGCUUAUUACCUUCAGACAGAGAAUGCUUGUCCAAGCUGGUGAAAUCUCUUCUACUUUCCUUACAGAAAGAUCCAUCAUUCGAGACCAAUCGCAUUUUCAUAGUAUUGAAGAGUCUGCUUGCAAAUUCCGAAGUGAAAUCAUUUGUCGUGUUAGCUGGUGGACUGUCUCUUCUUACAAAGAUGCGUAAUUCUCCAAUCAAUGAUGAGCUAAAAAAGCAUAUUGACGAUAUUUGCGCCAUGAUCACUGAAAAUCCCUCCAUCAAUGAGGCACACGAUGUGUCGCUAAGUAACGCUCACAAAGGAGUGGAUGCAUCAAGUUAUUUCAAUUGCUGUGGUUCGGCUUCUGUGACUCUUACUUCCUCUUAUUCUUCUCAGACCCGUAAGGUCUCAUUUAAUCUAUCCGCUACACGAGGAAAUAGCAGUACUUCUGAUGGUAGUCGCUUCUCAUCCUGCUAUUCAUCCGAUUUCUUCCAUCAAAACUACUUUUUGUAUUUCCCCACAAUUACACUUACAAAAGCUGAUGUUGGUGUCCUACGAACAACUCUAAAGUCUGUUUGUUCAAAAGAAUCCAGCGUGUGCCUUUCAGGUAUCCACUUUUUGCGUGAUGUUGUGCUCAAAGAUUUUCCAGCUGAAUUAUUUCUCCAAAGGACUGAGUUUAUUACAGUAAGCAAAUUAGUAGACUUGUUCCACGUAUUUCGCUGGUUCAAAAUUGCAUUUUGCUGCAUGCUAGCACUCCAUCAUAUGCCAACUGACUAA